AUGGGGACUAAGUCGUCUGAUAAGCCAAAGUUAAAACACAAGAAGGGUUUCUGGUCACCGGACGAAGAUCAAAGGCUUCGAAACUAUGUUCUCAAGCAUGGCCAUGCUUGCUGGAGUUCCGUUCCUGUUAAUGCAGGCUUGCAAAGGAAUGGUAAAAGUUGCAGAUUAAGAUGGAUUAAUCACUUGAGACCAGAAUUAAAGAGAGGAAUGUAUACUGUACAAGAGGAAGAAACAAUCUUGACCCUCCAUCGCCUGUUAGGGAACAAGUGGUCACAAAUUGCUCAGCAUUUGCCUGGAAGAACUGACAAUGAGAUAAAGAACUACUGGCAUUCCUACUUGAAGAAAAAACUGGGCAAACUUGAAGAAAUGGAUGCUUACAUCAAAACGCAGUGCGCCACUACUACUUCAAGCUCAGAUCUAAGCUAUGAGUCGUUAAUGAAUCACACAGAGAAAUCAUCAAGGGAAAAUAAUGACUUGGCUAAAGAGGGGCACAAAAGCUCCUUGCCAAAGCUUUUAUUUGCCGAGUGGCUAUCACUGGAGAAUGUUCAUAGCGGGAGUUCUGUGAAUUCUGGUCAUGAGCAAGUGAUUUCAGGGGAUGGAUUUAAUCAUCAUAACACAAACUUUGUCCAAGAUUCUUUCACGCAUAAUAAUUUAUUGAAUGAGGGAUCAUUUGGUGGCGACUUCCAUGGUGGAUUUAACAAUGAUUUGAUGGAGGAAAUGUUGAACUCCGGGUUCAAGUUCGAAGAUCAGAUUUCUGGAAUUGGGUUUGUGGAUACUUUCUCUGGGGAUGACAUAUGUAACAAUGAUGUACUAUACAUAUGA